UACUCCUGCAGAUCAGGCACCCAAGAUUGAAACGAAAGUUAACUUGACGGAGCUGCCUCCUCUUUCCUCCUGCGAGCUUUGCUUCCUCCCCCCGUAAUCCUCAUCGCUGCAGUCUUCUCCCACGGCACUCAACGCAUCUUAUGGCAUGGCGCCCCGGCCUUACAUAGCCGCUCGCCCGCGGGCUCUCGCCAAAUCCCAUGCCAGAAACGCGGAACGACCUGCCGAUGGAGCCGUCGUUCGGGUCCAACUCCGCGAGCACCGAGGAGGCGUCGACCCGGCGCGUGGCCAACCGCAUCAUCCGCGCGCUGCAGCACCACCUCCAGCUGCUGCACCGCGCCGGCGCGGACUUCUUCGUGCUGGGCGCCACGGGCAACGUGUACACGGUGACGCUGGCGACCACGCCGGCGUGCACGUGCCCCGACCCCGGCGCGCCCUGCAAGCACAUCCUCUUCGUGCUGCUCCGCGUCCUCGGCCUGUCCCUCGACGAGGCCUGCGUGUGGAGGCAGUCGCUGCGGCCGUGCCAGGUCGCGCGGCUCGUCGCCGCGCCCACGUACCCGGAGGUGCUCGCCGGCCCUCGCGCCCGGGAGAGGUUCCACCAGCAGUGGGCGGCCCACGCGGCGGCUGCAGCCGCAAAGGCCGCUGACCAGCGCCGGCAGGAGUCCGCCGGUCCGUCGUUGGGCCGCCUCGACGGCGCCGCCUGCCCGGUGUGCCUCGAGGAGAUGGCGCCGUCGGCAGAGGCACAAGGCGGCGCGGCGGCAACGGGGCCGGCGCCGCUGCUGACGUGCGGCACCUGCCGGAACUCGGUGCACGCCGAGUGCUUCGCGCGGUGGAAGCGCAGCCGCGCGAGGCGGGCGGCGACGUGCGUCGUGUGCCGCGCGAGGUGGCGGAAGCCGAGCCGGGACCGGGAGCAGGACCAGCAGCAGUACAUGAACCUGUCGGCGUACAUGAACGAGGAGAACGACGUGGUGGACAUGCAGGUCGAGGACGGGGCUCCGUGUGGCGGAUAGAGGAACUUGUUACGGCGGUUCAUAUACUGUAUGAAAUUUAAGAAGCUGUACAGAGGGAGUAGCAUCCCAAUUCAUUCGGACUCGUGACAUUUCUUUCUUAUUUUUCUUAGGAUCUGACUUAUUACAUGCAUGUACAGAACUUAUAUGUCAAUAAAAUCAC